GGGUAAUGGUGGAGAUUUCCCCUCGUGAAUGCUGCUGUUUUCACGGUAGGACAUUGCCUCGUAAAUCCUAAUCAUUGAAUAAAACCCGGGAGACUCGUUGAAGAUCUGCAGAGCUCCAGAUCUAACGGAUGACACCAUUCGUAUGGACCAGGGAAUGUUUACAGGGUAGCUCCCGAAGACCGUUAAGAUCCUAGGAGUAAGUAAAUUAGUCUAUGAAAGAGCUUCGACAGAUUCCGACGGGUAUCGGAGCGGACGUCAGGAAGAGAGCAAAGUUUAAACAAAAACUAUUAAAAUGAGUUCUAACUAGAUCCGAGAAUUCUCAGGUGGUAGCCUCUCUUUUCUCUCUCUUUCGCGGUGUGGUAACGAAUCGGCGUCUGAAGGUCUGUCUGCCAUUUGCCAACACCGUCCCCACGUGUUCUCUCCUCUCCUGCGGCCGCCGCGGCCGCCGUGACCCUGCUCCUCAGCCGCGCACAAACGACUGGCAGCGGAGCGCCCCCAGACUCUCUUGGUAUCGGAUGCAGGAGCCUGUGCGUAAGAACUCAGACUUGGAGUCACUCAAGAAAAGGUUGAGCAACUGUUAUCCCCAAACAGAAAGGAAACUCAUGCAUCAGAAAAGGUGACUCCAACAUACCCAAAGAAUAUGGCUGCGCAAAUACCAGAAUCCGAUCAGAUAAAACAGUUUAAGGAAUUUCUUGGAACCUACAAUAAACUUACAGAAACCUGCUUUUUGGACUGUGUUAAAGACUUCACAACAAGAGAAGUGAAACCUGAAGAGACCACGUGUUCAGAGCAUUGCUUACAGAAAUAUUUAAAAAUGACACAAAGAAUAUCCAUGAGAUUUCAGGAAUAUCAUAUUCAGCAGAAUGAAGCUCUAGCAGCCAAAGCAGGACUCCUUGGCCAACCCCGCUAGAGGUGGAUGGACUGGGGUGUGAUGUUGCCCUGGAAUGAGGAUUCACUUGACAGAAGGCCUCGAGAGCAAAAGCCCCCGUGCCCCACGGUCUGGGAAAUGGGAACCACUGGAGAACCAACUGCUGUGGACCAGGCGUCAUCAAACAGAAGGUCUGUGCAAUGGAAAUAGUAACAUGCAACACUUGUGGAGGCCUUAAGACUCGCAGCUUGGUCAGUUGAUUAGAAAAAUAAACUAUUGUUUCUUCA